UUUGUAAUGUGUCAGCACACCACACAUCAAUGCAUAACAACCCAGAUCUAUUACUUUAGACCAGGAAUCCCUCCAAUUUCUCAAUGUUUGAAACGCUCCCGGUACAGGCGACUCCGCUCUCGCUCACAUUCCUCACGGCAUUCGCCGCGCGUGCAUUGUUCGUCUCUUCAGACACCAUCGCCAAGGCGCUCACAAUCCCCGAGCUUGUCACGCCCAUCACGUCGUACAAGGCGUUGCUUGAGGCACAUUUCCUCGCGCACCUUGGUGCAGAUAUCUACGACAAUAGCGUGGUACACCACCAGCCGCUUGUGGUGGCGGCGUUCUCGCUUGUGUACUCUCUUGGCGGCCAGUUUCUUGUAAAUCUCUGCUAUAUUGCAGCGGAUUUGGCCGUGGGCUGGUACUUGGUAUGCAUAAAUCGCACGUAUCACACACAGACCACUACGCGUGUACUCCGAGCACCCCGUCUCGAUGACUACUUGGUUGCGGCGAUUUAUCUCUUCAACCCGUUAACACUCCUUUCGAUGUUGAGUCGUUCGACGGUGCUCUUCACAAACCUUGCGUUGGCAGCGGGAUUUUUCCAUGUGCUCAGUGGCAAUUUGGUGCACUGCCUCUUCUGCCUCGCGGCUACGGGCUACACGGACCUCUAUUCGCUUGCGCUUGUGGUGCCGUUUGCCUCGGUGUACUAUUCAACGCUCCCAGUUACCAAGCGUAAGGGCGGCAGAACUAUUACUAGCUUCUUCUUCCUCUUUGCGAUUGUCUUUGGAGACCUUCUUGGCCUCUCAUACGCCGCAAACGGCUUCUCUUGGUCUUUCCUUGCGCGCACUUACGGCACCAUCGCGACGCUCGCGCACUUGACUCCAAACGUUGGUUUGUGGUGGUACUUUUUCACAGAAAUGUUUGAGUUCUUUACCCCGUUCUAUCACGGCGUGUUCAACUUGUUUUUGGCCGCGUUUGUGACCCCCGUUACCCUCCGCUUCCACGCGCACCGUGCUUUGGGCUUGUUGACUCUCACGUUGGUUCACACGCUCUUGACUUUUACCAAGUCGUAUCCGUCGUGGGGGGAUCUUGUUAUGGUGCUUUCACUCUUGUCAAUCCUCACCCCCUUCCACCAGCACUUGCGCUACGCGGUCAUCUCCGGUGUCGUGCUCUUGUUUGCGAUUAUUCUUUCUCCAGUGAACUAUUACUUGUGGUUCUUGGGCAGUGGGAACUCGAACUUUUUCUAUGCGAUUAACCUUGUGUUGGGGGUCGCUUUGGGGUUGAUCAUUGGUGAUUUAACCUACGCAGGGUGUUGUGUGGGGUACCAGGUGGAGCAUGGGGUUACCGGGAAGCUUGCGCAAAUAUAAUCGAGCAUAGCGAGACUAUAUAUCGAUAGCGAGAUACUUGACUGUUUUCGAGACAUGGCAAUUCUGAUAGAGCGGCGUCAUCUAUACCGACCUUGCGACAUGAUUCAAUAUCCGUCACCAUGAUAAGGCUGCCCGUGCCAUUCCCUAUAGAUUUUAAUAUAUCCGCCCGGCAUUCUAUGGCUUAUAAAUAUAUACUUUAAACCAUG